GUACUCCAUAGGGUACUCCAUGGAGUAGGGCUCCACGUUUUGUCAUCUCCCGUGCAUGGAUACAUACUGAGAUGCAAACCAGAGAGUUGAAUAUCCACCACUAGUCACCAACUCUGGGUGUUUCGAAAUACUUUUUAUACCUGAUCCAUUGAUUUGAAGAGUGCAAGUCAGAAGCAAAUUCUACAUUCUCACGCUAUACGCCAUUUCACAAAAGUGGGUGAUUUUGUAAGUUCCGUCCAACGCAAGCUCAGACAGCAACAAGCCCAGAACAGGUUUUCUCAGUUUCGAACUGUUGGCUAAUGGCUGGUAUGCAGAAUCAAAAUGUUCCAAAUCUUCAACAAGUCAUCCAACAGCAGCAGGCUCCAAUUGAGGCACCACCUUCUGGACCAGUGGCACCACCAGCUGCGACCAUACCGCAGUAUCCAGCCCACAUGUGGUCAGGUACGGGACAGAGCAUUCAGCAGGGCAUGAACAGGCCUCAACCUAUGCUACAAUCAGUGAGUCAGUCAAUGCAACCAUCUGGAAAGCCUGACCAACCAAACACUGUAGAAUGGUACGCCAAAGAUCAUAAACAACAGCUACAACAACAAGAGCAGAUGAACCACCCCAACGCCAUGAUGCCAGGAGGCCAACAACAGUAUCCUAAAAUGUCAGGAGGAGAGCAAAGGAUGGCUUCAGUUGAAUUUCGACGCCACCUGGUUGUGGCUGCUGUACUGCGGAAGGUGGGGCUUGCGUUGGAGGGUGCAAUUACUUCCCUGCCGGCUAAAUCGUUGAGCAUCCUUAAACAACAUCCAAAGCUCAUGGCGGAAAUAUUAAAACAGGAGCAGCAGAAUAAACAACAAGAAAUGCUGCAAGGUAUGCAAAAUCCAAUGGACCCAGGAAUGCGUGAAGCAUCCGUGGGCUUUAGUAGCCCUGAACCCUCGAUUCCAAAUGCAGCUUUCUUCCGAGCACUAAAGUUGGGUGUGAUCUGUGAUAAGCGCGUUAAAGUGGCAAUCAUUGGUCCAGACCGGGUUGGUAAGACAAGCCUUGGGAAAUCUUUGAGAGGCGAGCCAUUUGAUGCCGAGGAACCCAGUACUGAUGGGGUGCAGAUGAGUCUUCCUAUCAAGAACGCUGGUACGGAGCCGUGGAGGAAUUUAGCUUCACAGCAGAACACUACUGCAUUUGAUCACAAAUGUGCCGAAGUGAUCGUCAAAGAAGAACUAACCACAUCAACAGCGCAACAGGAAUGUCAGUCGCCUUCUGGAGCCGUUGAGGAAGAACUGAACGACUCAGCAGAGCAAAAAGUACACAUGACCCAGGGUGAGGAAGCACCUGAACAAGCCAAGGUGGAAUCCACACUCGGAGAGGAUUUGAUAAAAAGUCGUUCUAAAGAGAUUGCUGCGCUCAUGGAAGACGAGGGCUUCGAGAGUGAAAGAGUCUGGCCUGUAAUUUGGGAUUUUGCCGGGCAAAAUAUUUAUCACGCCAUUCAUCCUCUGUUCAUGUCACGAGAGGCUAUUUAUCUUCUGGUUGUUGACCUCACGAAAGAGCUAUCCGACCUUGCACAGUCAUUUGUCAAAGUGGGUGGCCAUGAAGAAGAAAGAGCGCAGUCACCUGAGAGCGGAAACACAAACUUGGAUAUUUUUACACGAUGGUUGACCUUGGUGCAUUACUUAAAGCAAUCAGGUGGGAAUAGCACCGUUGGGUCUGUUAUACUUGUGGGAACAAAGGCUGAUAUGGUAGAAGGUGAUCCUGGCGAAAAGAUGAAAUCGUUUGUGGAAAACAUCUCUAGGACCGUCCCUGAUUUUCUCCUAGAACAUAUUGCAGUGCCAGAGGACAACUUUGUUGUGGACAAUACAAAAGCUGAUACAUUGUCUGAUGAAGAGAACACACCAAUUGCGAAAUUAAGAGAUUUUAUAUUAAAGACAGCUGAAGACAUGCCUCAUACAAAGGAGCCAAUCCCUCUGCAGUGGCUGUCUGCAGAGCUUGAAAUUGAAGAAAAGGUGAGGCACAACGUUCUGUAUGUCUCAAAAGAAACGUUUAAAACUGACAUUGUAAAGAAAUGUUGUACGCAAAGUGAAGAUGACGACGUGGAAGGCCUUCUUCACUUCUUGCAUGCUCGCGGUACAAUAAUAUAUCAUACUCUUCCUGAUAGUUGUAAUGGACUAGUAAUACUGGAUCCGAAAUGGCUCAUUGAAACGAUUUGCAAGAUAAUCACAACCAACCCCACCUGGGUGUACCCGCUCAAGUAUAGGCGCCACUACGACUGCUUGCGAGACACAGGAAUUCUUUCCAAUGAGUUGCUAACUUUUGCCAGUGAGAAACUGAACAUAACUGGCAUUCAGAACGACUUAAUUUCAGUUAUGAAGCGGUUCCAUUUAAUUUUUGAAUGGAAAAAUAAACAUGGAGACUUGAUUUAUCUUGUUCCAUGCAUGCUGACCCAGAUAUCAGAAGUUGAUUUGAACACAGGAAGUGGUCCCACACCCCUGUGCCUCAGGUUUUACGAGACGGGUUAUGUUCCUUGUGGUUUUUUCCCAAGAUUAGUCGUCUUAUUUGGAGUAUGGGCAUCACGAAAGUGCAGUGCGAGGCAACCGAACCUUAGUUCCAACGUCGCCUCGUUUUUUAUGGGCGAAAACUUUACUGUUCAUCUUGUCCGCCACUCAAGCGUCAUUAAAGUUUCCUUUUCUGCCGAAGAUGCUUCUGAUCAUGUGCAGGAGAAAAAAUUUUGUAGGAAGAUAUUGAGGUGUCUGAAAAAAUGUUUGAAGAAACUGCAGAAAGAGUGCCUUUGGUUGCACGCGAUACCUUUCAAGCUCUACGCUAAAUGUGAAUUGUGCCCAACUUCUGGGAAAGUACCAUGUAUACGGCACGGCAAACAAGAAUGCAGCCAUGACGAUUGUGCACACUACAUUGAUUUGGAGAAGAAACCUCUUGCUUGCGAGAGAAAACCUUGUCGGUUACCUCCUCACUUAAAAGAGAAAUGUAUUCCAUGGACUGAGGCACUUGAUGCGUUUAACCUGAAAGAAGAACCCAGUGAGUGUCCUGACCCUGACGGUACAACCAGUGAAAGCCAGGAGUCAUCUGCAAAGCGGAAGGGAACACAUCCUUUAGGUUCAAAGUGCAAAAGGUCCAAGGAUGACAUUAUGACGUCUGAAACUGCUGAAGCUGCAGUGAAGGAUGGCGUACCUGAUGAGGGAGUUUUGGACGAGCUGGCCAAAGAAAUUCCAGGGGAAUGGAAGAAGCUUGGACGUCCGCUGUUCAAGAAUCACGAGGCCACGCUCAAGGCUAUCGACGUGGAGGAAAAACAAUGUCGUGAAAAGGCCUACGGGAUGUUGCUGAAGUGGAAAAGAGCCGAGGGUUCCCAUGCAACUUAUCGCGUUUUAUAUGACGCGCUGUGCGGUGCUGAACGUAAAGAUUUGGCUGAAAAAUUUUGUUUGAGUUGUCACGAUUUCUGCGCCAACUGAAUCUGUCAUUUAUUCUAGGAAAUAGCACCUUUUUGCACCUCUUUACUUCGAUGAGGUAAAAGUUAGGGCAAGUAAGGAAUCUUUAUCAAACGCUAUUUAACAAUUAUUCCACGAGUGCGCGUUGGAUAUGAGAUGAUAGAUAGCCUACGAGGCACGUAGCGC